AUGGCGCCGCAAGAAGUUCUUGAAAUUAAAAAGGAUCCGCUGAACGAGCGAGCCCCGCGCGGUCUACGUACAGCAUUCGGUUGGUGCAUUGCCGGCCCGAUUUCAUCCGUCGCCAACGCACAACUGAAGUGCAACUCUCUUUCAUUGACUCCGCCAGCAGACGAAGAUCUUGCCAACGUAAUCAACCGCUUUUUACUCCUCGAGACCUACGAAGCAAAAGCAGAUGUGAAGGCGCCAGUUGGCAAAGAAGAGUUGCGAGCCAUCAAGAUAUUGAAGGAGACGACCAGAUUCCUGGGCGACCGGUAUGAAUCGGGACUUCUCUGGAAAAAUGAAGACCCGAAUCUCCCCGACAACAGUGAGUCCAUCUUGGCCCGUUUCUUCAAGCUGGAGCGACGACUCAUCCUAGACGAGAAUUUGGGAAAGCGAUAUUCCGCCGCAAUCAACGAGUAUAUCAGCCUCGGCCACGCAAGAAAACUUUCAGCAGAAGAGGUGAAGAUACGACCAGCUGGUCGUACUUGGUUCAUCCCCCACCACCCGGUGAUAAAUCCGAAAAAACCGGAGAAGUGCCGCCCAGUUUUUGAUGCAUCCGCAUUCUACAAAGGAGCAUCGCUGAAUUCUGUGUUGCUGAAAGGCCUGGAUUUGCUGACCAAUUUGAUUGGUGUAUUGCUCCGUUUUCGACAACAUCUGGUGGCGCUGAGCGCCGAUAUCGUCAAGAUGUUUCACCAGGUAAAGGUCCGACCACAAGACGGGCCGGCCCUUCGUUUUUAUUACCGUAAUCCAGGUGCGCAAGAGCCCCCCUCCGUGUAUCAAAUGAACGUCCAACCAUUUGGAGCGAUUUGUUCACGAACAAUCUGCGCCCAUGUCCUUCGCCAAGCUGCUGAAGACGGCGGAGAUGACGGGCCCGAAGUUACAAAACUAAUCGUCGACCAUUUCUACGUGGACAACUGGUUGACAUCAUUCCCGACCGCUGAUGAAGCGUUGCAGUAUGCAAAAAAGGUGACCAGCGUGCUGCGGAGAGGUGGAUUCGAGCUCGCUCAAUGGGGAUCUUCAAGCUCGACAGUUUUAAUGUCGCUUCCGGGCCAGCCCGUGUCAUCCAUCGACUUGGCUCUACAAGGUUUGCCAGUCGAACGUACUCUUGGUUUAUCGCUGGAUUACGGCAGCGACUCAUUUGUGAUCAGUGCCUGCAUCAAAACGGACGGUGCGACGAAAAGGGAGAUUCUACGAGAAACGGCAAGUGUCUACGAUCCAUUCGGUUUCCUGUCACCCGUUGUGCUCCACGCAAAACUCAUCCUGCAAGCUGUAUGCAGAAAAUCCGUCAGCUGGGACGAGUCAUUGGAUCCAACAACGGUGGAAGAAUGGAGAAAGUGGGCUACUUCUCUUUCAGAUCUGAAUCCACUUUUUAUUCCGCGCUGUUUCAACCCGGAGUCGGCGCGAUCAAGAGGAGUUGGACUCCAUGUAUUUGCGGAUGCUUCCGAGUCCGCGUUUGGGGCCAUCGCGUAUUUCCGCUUCGAUCAUCCGGAAGGAGUAAAGAUGGCCUUCAUCAUGGCGAAAACAAGAGUGGCGCCGGUCAAAUACGUCUCGAUUCCGCGUCUCGAAUUAUGCGCCGCCCUUCUAGCCGCCCGUCUCGCAGCAUCCAUCAAGGUCAAAAUCCGCCAAAAAAUCGACCAAAUAACUUUCUGGUCGGAUUCGACCACUGUCCUAAGAUGGAUUAAUUCCUCCCACUACCGUUUUCAUAUUUAUGUUGGAAACAGAAUCGGAGAGAUCCUGGAACUCUCCGACGCUCAUCAAUGGCGCUACGUCCCUACCGCCCAAAAUCCAGCCGACGAUGUCAGCCGUGGUAUCGCAGCCGCUGAAUUUUCGACCAAUCAUCGAUUCUACAAAGGACCGUCCUUCCUCUAUAAUCCACCCGAGAGCUGGCCGUCCUUCCCGGAUUUGAAAAAUGGAAUCAACGAAGCGGAUGAUCCUGAAAUCCGCUGUACGAGAUGGGUCGGCGCAACGCUCCGAGUACACGAUGCCAUCGACGAUCUGACCAUCAACACGUCUCGUUAUCCGUUCCUGAUUGGCGUCGUCGGAUUCGUCAAGCGAUUUGUCAGCAACGCCCGAAAGGACAAAUCUCACCGCAAUUUCGACAAAUUAUCAGAGACGGAGAUUGUCCUUGCCGAAUCUGAAUUAUUCCGGCGCGCUCAACUUUCUGCCUUCCCCGACGACUUCGAAAAUUUAAAGGACGGAAAAGUAUUGGAGGCGAGUUCCAGCCUCAUCACUUUAUCGCCCUUCAUCGACCAGAUUGGAGUUCUACGCGUAGGUGGUAGGAUAGAAAAUGCGCCAGUGCCGCCCGAAACCCGCCACCCAAUUAUUCUUAAGCUGCUGAUCUACAGUCAACAUCUAGAGCUCGUCCACUCUACUCCGGAGAGAACAUUUCAUGAAGUUCGCAAACUUUACUGGAUCCAAGGCGGAAGAAAAACGGUGAGAAGAAUUCUCAAUAAGUGCUUCAAAUGCAAGCGACUCAACGCCAAAGCCUUGUGCCCGAUGAUGUCUGCUCUUCCCGGUUACCGCCUGAAGCCUUUCUACCCCGCCUUCACACACACCGGAGUGGAUUUUUUCGGCCCGUUCAACGUCAUCAUUUUUCGCCGCAAGGUGAAACGCUGGGCCUGUUUGUUCACGUGCAUGUCUUCCCGGGCCGUACAUUUGGAAAUGGCUUAUGCGCUCGACACCUCAUCAUUCAUCAACUGCAUCAGCCGCUUCGAAGACCGACGCACGACCCCCACGCAUUACCACAGUGAUAACGGCACCAACUUCGUCGGAGCCGUUCGUGAGUUUUCGGAGUGUCUCCAGCGGAUGGAUCAGCUAACUGUACUCGACGGAGUGAAAAGAAGAAACGUGACCUGGAGCUUCAACCCCCCCGCAGCGCCACACUUCGGUGGAGCCUGGGAACGGCUCGUCCAGUCGUCAAAACGCGCUCUUCAAUUCAUCUUAAACGAGCAAACGCUGACGGACGACAUUCUUUCAACUGCGCUCGUCCAAGUGGAAAAGCUCCUGGACGGCCGUCCUCUCACUUAUGUGAGCGUCAAUCCGGCAGAUCCCGAACCAAUCACGCCGAAUCAUCUUCUUCUCGGCCAUGAAAACCCCUACAUUCCAUUCGACCUUUUCGACGCCAGCGAUAUGACGACCAAACGCAAAUAUCGUACCGCCCAGUACCUCACCGAUUGUUUUUGGAGACGCUGGUUGAGGGAAUAUUUGCCCGGCCUUGCUAAACGAAAAAAGUGGCUGUACGGUCAAAAAAACCUCAACAUCGGCGAUAUCGUUAUCGUCAUUGAGCCCGACACACCCCGUGGGAAAUGGCCCAUCGCUCGAGUCGUCGAGGUCUUCACCGGUCCAGACGGAGUCGUCAGAUCUGCAAUCGUCCGCCUCCGGUCGUCCACCAACACCACCGAACUACACCGUCCAGCUGUGAAGCUCUGCCUGCUGGAGUCGUGGGAUGCGGAGGAUGCGUCCGCUUUCGAACGCAGGGCCGGCGAUGUUCCGGAUCCCGCACUACCCCAAUAG